GGGAAAGUGGGGUUAUGGCUGCUACGUGUGCGCUUUCAGACAGAUCUCUCCGAGAAGCCACCCAGCGAAAGUUGCGAAGGUUUUCUGAGUUGAGAGGCAAACGUGUGGCAGCUGGAGAAUUCUGGGACAUUGUUGCAAUAACAGCAGCUGAUAUAAAACAGGAACUUGCUUAUAAGCAACAGCUGUCAGAAAAGCUGAAAAAAAAAGAGUUACCCCUUGGAGUUCAAUAUCAUGUUUUUGUUGAUCCUGCUGGAGCCAAAAUUGGAAAUGGAGGAUCAACACUUUGUGCCCUUCAAUGUUUGGAAAAAUUAUAUGGUAAUAAAUGGAAUUCAUUCACCAUCCUAUUAAUUCACUCAGGUGGCUACAGUCAACGCCUUCCUAAUGCAAGUGCUCUCGGAAAGAUUUUUACUGCUUUACCCUUCGGUAACCCCAUUUUUCAAAUGUUGGAAUUAAAACUAGCCAUGUAUAUUGAUUUUCCCUCACAUAUGAAUCCUGGAAUUUUGGUUACCUGUGCAGAUGAUAUUGAACUGUAUAGUCUUGGUGAAUCUGAAUUUAUUAGAUUUGAUAAACCUGGCUUUACUGCUUUAGCUCAUCCAUCUAGUUUGACCGUAGGUACCACACAUGGAGUCUUUGUCUUAGAACCAUUCGAGUAUUUAGAAUAUAAAGACCUUGAAUAUAGGACUUGCCAUCGUUUCCUUCAUAAACCCAGUAUAGAAAAGAUGUAUCAGUUGCAUGCUGUGUGUAGACCUAGACAUUUCUGUCAACAACACUUUGCUGGGGGUGACUCUUCAUGUCUUAAACCAGACCUAGAGUAUGUAUACACAGAUAGCCUAUUUUACAUGGAUUACAAAUCAGCAAGAAGGUUACUUGAUUUUUAUGAAGAAAUAGGCACGCUAAGCUGUGAAAUAGAUGCCUAUGGGGACUUUCUUCAGGCUCUAGGACCUGGCGCAACUGUAGAGUAUACCAGAAAUACAUCAAAUGUCACUAAAGAAGAGUCAGAAUUGGUAGAUAUGAGACAGAGGAUAUUUCAUCUUCUCAAAGGAACAUCUCUAAAUGUUGUUGUUCUUAAUAGCUCCAAGUUUUAUCACAUUGGAACAACUGAAGAAUAUCUGUCUCAUUUUACUUCAGAUAGCAGUUUGAAGUCAGAACUUGGCUUACAAUCCAUUGCUUUUAGCAUCUUUCCAACAAUACCAGAAUGCUCUGGUAACACAUCCUGUAUCAUUCAAAGUAUACUGGAUUCAAGAUGUUCUGUGGCACCUGGCUCAGUUGUGGAGUAUUCCAAAUUGGGGCCUGAUGUUUCAGUUGGGGAAAACUGCAUUAUUAGUGGCUCAUCUAUCAUAACACCAGCUGUUCUUCCUGCAUAUUCUUUUAUGUGUUCCUUAAGCUUAAAGAUGAAUGGACACUUAAAGUAUUCAACUAUGACAUUUGGAGUGCAAGACAACUUGAAGAAAAAUGUUAAAACAUUGUCAGAUACAAAGUUACUUCAAUUCUUUGGAGAAUGUUUCCUGUCAUGCUUAGAUACUUGGAAUCUGAAAGUUACAGAAGAACUGUUCUCUGGAAACAAGACAUGUUUGAGUUUGUGGACUGCUCGCAUUUUCCCAGUUUGUUCUUCUUUGAGUGAUUCAGUUACAACAUCUCUAAAGAUGUUAAAUGCUGUAAAGAAUAAAUCACCAUUCAGCCUGAAUAACUACAAGCUGUUGUCCAUUGAAGAGAUGCUUGUCUACAAAGAUGUGGAAGACAUGAUAACUUACAGGGAACAAAUAUUUCUAGAAAUAACUGUGAAUAAGGCAGUCUGAUUUAGAGACAUUACAAAUAUUAUAUAUGUUGCCCUUCUUGUUUGAUCAAUGUUGUAAAUAUAGGAGUUCCUGUACUUUUUUGCAGAAGAUUUUCAUUUUCAUUUCAUUAAAGAAUAAUGCUGUAAUUUAACAUUAGCACAUUUUCUCAAGUCAAUAUUUCAAGACUAUAAGUU